AACCAAGUGACUCCACCUUCUGCUCUAAAGAAAUUUGCUGCUUAUAUGAGCCAUCAGCUCACAGGAGAAGACUCAUUCAAGCUACUUCUGAGAUAGAGAAGACUUCUGUGCACUUUGACUUACACAGAGUUCAGACAUGCCUUCAGUGGGACUGGAGAUACUUGGAGUGACCCUAGCUGUCCUGGGAUGGAUCCUAGCCAUUGUAUCCUGUGCCUUGCCCAUGUGGAGAGUGUCAGCUUUCAUUGGGAUGAACAUUGUCACAGCCCAGAUCACCUGGGAAGGCAUCUGGAUGAACUGCGUGGUCCAGAGCACUGGUCAGAUGCAGUGUAAAAUCCACGACUCCAUGUUGGCUCUAAGUGCAGAUCUUCAGGCCGCCCGUGCCCUCACCAUCAUUUCGAUUUUGGUGGGCAUUUUGGGACUUCUGGUGGCCAUGAUGGGGGCAAAAUGCACCAACUGUGUGGAGGAAGAGUUAGCCAAGGCUCGGGUGAUGAUAGCUGCUGGGGUGGCCUUCAUCCUAGCGUCUCUAACCCAGCUGAUUCCUGUGUCGUGGUCUGCCCAUACUAUUAUCAUGGAGUUCUACAAUCCAGUUAUACCCGACAGCAGAAGAGGAAGACUUUUCAGUAUGUCUAUAGGGUUGGAGUUGAUAGGCAUCUCCCUAUGCAUUUUGGGAUGGAUUAUUUCCAUUGUGGCGUGCGCCCUCCCGAUGUGGAGGGUGACAGCCUUCAUCGGCAGUAACAUCGUGACGGCUCAGAUCAUCUGGGAGGGCCUGUGGAUGACUUGCGUGGUCCAGAGCACGGGCCAGAUGCAGUGUAAGGUCUACGACUCCAUGCUCUCCCUCUCCCAAGACCUCCAAGCUGCCCGUGCCCUCACCGUCAUCUCCGCCCUGUUAGCCAUCCUCGCUGUGCUCAUCGCAAUCGCCGGGGCCAAAUGCACCAACUGCAUUGACGAUGAGGCAUCCAAGUCCAAGGUGAUGAUCAUCUCUGGGAUUUUCUUCAUUGUUUCUGGGGUCAUGCAACUCAUUCCUGUCUCCUGGUCGGCCAACACCAUAAUCAGGGACUUCUACAACCCUUUACUUACUGACGCUCAGCGGAGGGAGCUGGGGGCUUCACUGUACAUCGGCUGGGCUGCUGCUGCCCUACUAAUUCUUGGUGGUGCACUUCUCUGCUGCUCCUGCCCGCCACGUGAGACCAGAUACAACCCUUCACGAAUGGCUUACUCUGCCCCACGGUCUGCAGGUGGCCCAGGGCUAGAAAGGAAAGACUAUGUAUGAAUGAAGGUCAAAGAGGAAAAGACCUUAUUGAAUCUCAAACCUGCUCUCCACAUCAAACGGGGUGUACUGAAGAAAAGAGCUCAAGGAAAUAAGGAGACUCCGUAAUGAAGGAUGUGUUUGAUUUUUGCCCUUUAUGUAACAUAUCUCUGAAUUAGACUCUGUCUUUCAGAGGCUGAAAAAGCAUGCAAAGGACAGGAUGAGCAGACAUUUCUUUAAAACAUGUUUCAAAAUGAAAAGCAAACAAUUAUGCGCUGUCAUAUUAAAAGUCAACAUGCUAAAUGUUUUCAUCAGUGUACACUUAUAUACUUUUUAUACAGUACUGGCUUCUUAAUGUUUACCACUGAAUUUUUUUAUACAAACCACCAUGACUGCUUCAUGUGUCACCUUUAUAACGAGGCACCACUGCAUGCAAAAUUCAAGAAUUGGAUGUGUUAAAUGGUAAAACAGGGUUAUCAACAAGAUUAUGUGUUGUAAAUACAGUAGUAAGAGUAUCAUUAUUCACCUGUAGGCCUAACAGUCAAGACAGAUGAUAACUGUAUUCAACGCAGCUUUUGGCUCAUUGUGGUAAAGGGGGGAGGAUGAAAUGUGCACUGAGGCAGCACAAAAGCACCUGGAUUCAUCCAUUACAAGAAAUUAUCUCUGUGUAUUAUAUACAACUGCAGUACAUGUAUCUCACAAGUGUUAUUUUUUAAUAAACGUGACGUGUUUUUUAAUAUA